AUGGAAGAAGGUGCUCGUCUGUCCCCCGAGGUGGAGCGUUUGGACCACGUCCCACCUUUGGGGGGCGGUGCUACAGGUCUGCUCACAAAAAACGAUGGGCUGGAGGACCCGGAGUCCAGGGUCGAAGCUCCUCCUCGGGGAGCCAAGGGCCGUGCCGACUCGGGGGACCGCGGUCCGAGGAGCGCGCAGAAGGCCGGAGCGGACCAGAGGGAGCAGGCGGCCGCCCAGGGCCACAUCCAGGCCUCAUGGCUGCGGAAGGAGCUGAGCCGCCUGGACAAGCUGCGCGCAGACCAAGAGCUCUUCAUUCAGAAGACGAGAGAGGAGCUGCAUGCGUGCUGCCAGCGGAUGGACGCCAUCGCCAAGCAGCAGGAGCACGUGGCCGCCGAGGCAGCUGCAGAGAGAGAGGCCAACAACACGGCCGCCGCGGGCCGCCUCCAGGCUGUGUCCCGACGCCUGUGCACCGAGCUGCAGGACGAGAGGGACCUGCAGUCGAAAAUCCGGGCCGUGCUGAGGGAGAGCGAGAGCGCCCUGUGGCACAUCGAGAUCCAGGAGGGCCAGCUGGAGGCGGCGCGCACGUGUGCCCUUGAGGAGGCGGAGGCCGCCUGGAGGCGCCGGCAGGUGCAGGCGGCCGAGCGGCUGCGCAAGGAGGCGGACGCGCAGGGGAGGGCGGAGAGGAACCGGCUGCUGAGGACCAGGCACGCGCUGCGCCUGCGGAAGGAGCACGGGCUCCGGCACCAGAAGCUGCAGGAAGACGCCAGGAAGAGCCACAGGACCGCGGUGCAGUUCCUGAAGGCCUCCCUGGGCAGGGUGCGGGAGCAGGAGCGGGAGCAGGAGCUGCAGGCCCGCGAGCACCUGAGGCGGCGCAUGGACGCCGUGCUGGCCCUGAAGAACAGCAUCGCCGCCAACCGGGAAACCCUCCGGAAGUUCCAGGCGUGGGGCCAGGCCAAGGCAGUGCUGGCCGAGCAAAAGGCCCAGGCUGAGAAGCAGGCGAUUCUGGCCCAAGGCGGGGACGCUUUCAAGCGCCUUCUCCAUCAACACCGGCGCCAGGAGCUGGAGGCCCAGAGCCGCGCCUUUGAGGAGCAGCAGAAGCUCAGGAAGCAGGAGAUCGUGAGCCGGAUUUUGAAGGAGGCGGCCGAGGAGGACAGGAAGGGGAGGCCGCGCUCUCCACCCAAAGCCGCCGCCCGGCCAGCGCUGAGAGACAGGACCUGGGACUACCUGGCCGACCUCAGCGAGGGGAGGGCUCCCGCAGCUCCCUGCUGCCCCGUGAGCCAGCCCCGCGUGCGCCUGCCCAGCCGGAAGGGUGCCGUCGCUCCGGGGCCCGGACUCUCAGGGCUGGUGGAAGGCGUCUCCAGCGGAUCCUUCCACGGGGACCCCAGGGGCGCCGGCCAGGAGGACAAAACACUGGCUGAGCCGGAGAUCCCCGGGCUCUGGAACGAGGACUACGAGUUGCACCAGGUGCCGGAGGAGGGCGUGGACCGGAAGCCCGUGGGGGGGACCAAGAUGGACAAGGACAUCCUGGCCCGCACCAUGGCGCGGCUGCGAAGCGGGGUGACCCACAAGCAGGUGGUGUCGGGGCGCGAGUUCAAAGGCUGCCCCUUCAACAGCAAGCCCAAGGUCAUCCACUUCAAGGACUUCGACGUUGGCAAAGUGUACAAGAAGAAGAUGACGCUGACCAACGCCACCUACACCAUCAACUACUGCCGGCUGGAGGGCGUGGACGAGCACCUCAGGGACUUCAUCCACAUCGACUUUGACCCUCCCGGUCCCAUGUCAGCCGGUAUGUCCUGCGAAGUGCUCGUCACCUUCAAGCCCAUGAUCAACAGAGACCUGGAAGGAAGUAUUUCGUUCCGGGCUCAGACUGGCAGGUUCGCUGUCCCGCUGAAGUGCUCCAUCAAGCAGUGCUCGCUGUCCCUGGACAAGGAGCUCAUCGACUUCGGCAGCUACGUGGUGGGGGAGACCGCGUCCCGGUCCGUCACGCUGACCAACACCGGGGGCUUGGGCACCAGGUUCAGGGUCCUCCCGGCCUCCGAGUCCUGCGAGAUAGACAUCUCCCCGUCGGUCCUGAAGCUCAGCAGCAUCUUCACGGACGAAGACAAAUUUUGUGAGAAAGGCACCUCCAGUGUCUGGGAGCAGCAGUUGGAAGUCAUGUCCUCCCAGUGGGACGUGCUCAGCCAGAAAGAGCCAGACCAGGGGCGCCCGAGGGAAGAAGACGAGGGGCGCCCCGCAGAGUCAGAGGGAGUGGCGGCCAUCACGUUCUCCAACGGUGAACAGGGGGAGAUCUCGCUGGGGGACGUCACCGAGGGCGAGAUCGGCCCCUUCAGCUCCGUCAAAGUGCCCAUCACCUUCUCCCCAGUCACCCCUGGAGCCGUCCAGGCCAAGUUCAAGGUCAUGUUCAAGAACCGGCAGUGCCCAACGUUGCAUUUCGAAGUCAUCGGCGUUGCGAUCGACGUGCCGGUCUGGGUGCCGAAGCCUGAUGUGGACCUGAAGAUAUGCAUGUACGACCGGCUGUACCAGGACUCCAUCCUCGUGCACACGCGGUCGAAAGCAGCCCUUCGCCUGAAGUUCGAGGUGUGCAAGGAGCUCAGGGGCCACAUGGAGCUGCUGCCAGAGACGGGCUACAUCCAGGCCCUGUCGUCCUUCUCGGUGCAGCUGAAGUUCCUGCCGCGACACUCCCUCCCCGAGGACGCGGGCCAGUAUUUUGACAAAGAGAGCAGAGUCCUGGAAGCCCCAAUGGUCAUACGGGUAGCCGACCAGAUCAGACCAGUGGAGUUCACCGUCCACGCCAUAGUCACCACCUCGGACUUGGAGCUGAGCCCCUCGGAGGUGGACUUCGGCUACUGCACCGUCUAUGAAGCUGUCAGGGCGCCCAUCAGCCUCUACAACCACUCCCUCCUGCCCCAGGAGUUUGGGUUCGUCGGCCUCCCCAAGUGUGUGGACAUCCAGCCCAACGACGGGUUUGGGACCAUCCUGCCGCUGGAGACGCUGGAGUUCGACCUGAUCUUCCAGCCCACCCGGGCCAAGGCCUACAGCUUCGAGCUCGUCUGCAAGUCCGAGAUCAACCGGCGCUUCAAGCUGACGUGCCGGGCCGUGGGCGUCCAGCCGCCCCUGCAGCUGUCCCACCACCAGGUCAAGUUCGCAGCCACCUCCUUGUACGACACGUCCGUGGCCACCCUGUACGUCACCAACCCGCACCCGGGCGCGAACUCGCGGACACACCCUGCGCCCGGGGCGGGCUCCGGGGACGCCCGUCCCACGGGGCCCACGUCCUUCGAGUUCCUGCUGCCCCCGGGCUCGCCGAUCACCAUCUCGCCCUCCGUGGGGACCGUGCUGCCGGGGAAGAGGUGCCUGGUCCAGGUGGCCUUCCGGCCCGUGCUGUCCAGCGAGCUGAUCCGCCAGCACGCCAUCCAGGCCCUGACCAAAGACGGGGAGAUCAAGCUGCUCCGCAAGGACACGGCCACCCCAAGGAGGGACCUACGGAGACAGUCCCUGGCGGUGCAGCGGGGGCAGUACCGAGACCGGCUCUUCCGGGCCUCCACCUCCCUCGCCCUGGAGCUGCAGAAGCAGGACCUCAAGUUCAGGUGGGCGCCAAGGAGGCUGCCAAGGAGUUACGAGUACGAGGUGGCCCGGGCCGCCCUGACCAGAUCGUUCCAGGGGCAGUUUGACAAGUUUGUGGUGCCCUGUGUCGUUGCCAGCGGCGACGUCCAAGACAGGAAGGGGUCGGAGCCCCUGAGCUUCAGUCCCCACAACACCCUCUACUUGGAGCUGUGGUGUCCAGCAGUGGCGCCGUCCAUCAUAGUGACCUCUGACAAGGGCAAGACCGUCUCCAACUUCGGAGAAGUCGCUGUGGGACACCGAGGCAUAAAGAAGGUUUCCAUCCAGAACAUCACCUCCGAGGACCUGGCCAUGGACUUCUCUGUGCUGAACCCCAAUGGCCCCUUCGUCCUGCUGAACCCCAUCAGCAGGCUGCCCGCGGGGGAGACCCACGUGCUGGUGCUGUCCUUCUCUCCCCGGGAGAGCAUGCUGGCCCAAGAAACACUGGACAUCAUCACCAAGAGAGGCACGCUCUCCCUGACCCUCAUGGGCACCGGCGUGGCCUCCAUGAUCACGUGCUCCAUCCAAGGGGACGUGCUCCACAUGGGCUACGUGAUCGCCAGGGAGUCUGUCUCCUCCACCUUCCAGCUGCAGAACAACUCCUCGCUGCCCAUCAAGUUCUCCAUGCGGCUGGACAGCCUCUCCAGCACCCGGCACGAGGACCGGCAGCAGCUGCCGAGGUUCCUCACCUCGGCAACCCAGCGGACAGACGUCGUGGGCACGCAGAACCACAGCGGCCAGAGCGUCUUCAGCGUGGUCCCGGUGGAGGGCAUCUUGGACCCUGGCGCGGUGCAGGACUUCACCGUGACUUUCAGCCCGGACCACGAGAGCCUGUACUUCUCCGACCGGCUGCAGGUCGUCCUCUUCGAGAAGAAAGUCUCCCAGCAGAUCCUCCUGAAGGGCGCGGCCCGCGAGCACAUGAUGUUCGUGGAGGGCGGAGACCCCCUGGACGUGCCCGUGGAGUCCUUGACCGGGAUCCCCGCCUGGGACCCAGAGCGCAGAGAGGGUGAACCCCAGCCAGGCCCUACUUCGCCAGAAGCAGAGGAGCCGAAGCCUAUCCUGGUGACCCUGGACCACCUUCAGCUGGACGCGGACACGCCAGCCCCACCUGCCACCCGUGAGCUGCAGGUGGGCUGCAUCCGGACCACCCAGCUCUCCCCAAAGAAGACCGUCGAGUUCAGCCUGGACAGCGUUGCGGCCCUGCAGCACAAGGGCUUCACCCUCGACCCCCCCAGGGGGACCGUGGAGCGCGGCCAGACCAAGACCAUCAGCAUCUCCUGGGUGCCGCCCGCCGACUUUGACCCGGACCGCCCGCUCCUGGUGUCCGCCCUGCUGCAGCUCAGGGGGGACGUGAAGGAGACCUACAAGGUCUUCUUCAUAGCCCAGGUGCUGACCGGCCCCUGA